UUUUCUCUCUCAGCUGAUAGUGACGUAGCGCGUGCCGCUUAGACCAGCACACGAGGCAAAUAGGCUUGUCUGUCCACUUGUUUUCCCGGUGGGGACCGUAGACUGCAGAGGUAAAAUGGUAGCCUACACUGCAGUAGACAUAUUGUGUUAGAGAAUAUUUGUGUCGGGGCGGUGGAGCGGAGGACUGAAGGAGGAGGCUGUCUGUGCGGCUGUCACGAAGCGAGAGGGAGCGCAUACCAGAGGCACCGCUAUCAUAACUAAUUCAUUGUCGCUCCAAACCGGUGGACAGACGGCUAAACUGCUAACUAAUUAGGCCGAAAGACUCAGACGGGGGCGGUGUGGUGAGGAGAGACAGGAGACAACAUGGUGGAUUACUAUAAUGUCCUGGGAGUGUCCAAAACAGCCUCUCAGGAUGACAUCAAGAAGGCGUACAGGAAACUGGCACUGAAAUGGCAUCCAGACAAAAAUCCAGACAACAAAGAGGAAGCAGAGACAAAGUUCAAGGAACUGUCAGAGGCUUAUGAAGUCCUAUCUGACAAGAGUAAGCGUGAAUCAUAUGACAGAUAUGGAAAUGAGAGAACGAGACAAACAGGUUCCUCCAGCUCAGACUUCUCAUCAGAUUUCCCAGGAUUCACCUUCACAUUCCGCAACCCAGAUGAUGUGUUCAGAGAGUUUUUUGGUGGCCAGGAUCCCUUCGCUAACUUCUUUGAUGACUUCUCAUCCUUUGGAGGCUCUUCUUCUCGCCUCGGCCCCAGCCGCUUCUUUUCUUUUCCUUCAGCAGGAGUGGACUUUACGUCCUUCUCCUCUUCCCUGAGUGGUCUGGAUGGGAUGGACAACAUGGGUGGCGGGAUGGGCAACUUCAAAUCAGUUUCUACUUCCACUCGCAUCAUCAAUGGCAAACGCACCACCACCAAGAAGGUAAGGGAGAACGGGCAGGAAAGAACAGAGAUAGAGGAGGAUGGGAUGUUAAAGAGUGUCCUAAUCAAUGGUGUGGAGGAUGAAAUGGCCCUCGCACUGGAGCUGAGCCGACGAGACGGAAAGCCCCGUCACUCUCCUCAGAAGCCGCAAAUCCAAAACAGAUCACCUGCCGAGUCUGACAGAUCCCGCCCCAGCCCUCACUCUGCAGCCACACACCGCUCAUUUAGCUCCGCUCCAUUCUACAACUACGGGGUUGCAGGGGGCAGCGAGGAUGACGAAGAAGAUGAAGAUCUGCAGAUGGCUUUGGCAUGCAGCUUGUCAGAAUUGGACGCCCAGCAGAAAGCAGCUGCUACCGACUUCAUAUCAGACUCAGACUUCGAGGCCUUCACAAGCUAACCUCAUUGGCUCAUGCUGUGCUGUGCCCUAGCCCUGCCCUGAGGUCAAAGGUCAUUCCCCAUGAUGCACUUGUCUCUCUCUGCCCAACAUGGCUCCUACCUGCUGAAUGACACUUAAAAAAAGAUUUUCUAUGUUUUUAAGCGAGUGUGUGUACAUAGCUCAUUGUGGAGCGAAAGACUGGAACGUUUGUAUUUUGAGGAAAUAGUUCUAAUCAUCUCUUCAUUAACUAACAAUGUUCAGCUGAAUUUGAUGCUGAAUUAUGCCUGCAAGUGGAAACUGAAUAAUAGAAAUAGAAAAGUGUUAAAAAGCAUAUUAAGCAGAGAAAAUAAAGAAUUUCCUGCUAUUACUCUGUAUCAGUCCAUGGUACUGUAUGUUUGUAACGAGAAUUGUCAGAGUAAAUGUCAAAGAAUUGAAGAUAAAAUGCCAAAAGAAUUUGAGGAUAGAAAAGAUCUACUUGACAUUAUUGUAAUACACUCGCUUCUGGCUAUUCCACCCUUGGGCUGCAGGGGGCACUGUCUGUACAACUCUGAAAAUGCAGCUAUUAAUGCACUUUUGAUACAUUUUAAAUAAUACAUCGAUUUCAAAUAAAUAGAUAAAAUACAUGAGACAAAUGUU